AUGGCUUCCCAUAAAGCGACUAGGGUUGUUGAAGAUCCAUCAAAGAAAUUCACAUCUUUUGGUGUCAGCUAUGCAACUUUGGAAGCUGAAAAAAGAGAAAAAGAACAAGCUAGCAAAACUAUGAUUGAGACGAUAAGGAAUACGCUCAACGGCGUGGAUGAACAAAGGCAAAUCCCUGAGGGAUACAAACAUGAGGCAUCGGAAUGGUCCUCUAGAACUCAUGGCAUUCCCAUUAAUGAUCCCAAUUGGAAUGAAGGGUUGAAGAAUCCAGAAGAGAUAAUGCGCUUUGAAGAUGAUCACUGAUUUUUUGGACAUUUCAACCACAGAGUUCAGAAUUUACUGCCUCCCUUUAUUAGUUUUCGAAAUCGUCAACAAAUGCUGCCCUUCAAUUUAUUCAUCAGUUCCUUUAAUAAAGAAUCUGUUAGAACGAGACGUAUUUUCGUACACCAAAGAUAUCGGUUGUCUUUAUCACGAAAAGAAAGAUCUUUCAAUUCAUUGUUCUCUGUCGAUUGUGAAAAGGUGGGUCUUUACUGUGUGUGACGUUUGUUGUAAAUACAUAGGGAUUAAGUUAGUUAUUGGGAGACAUGUUCCUAUUUCCUAUACAUGUGACAUGAACAACUUACCUCUCCGAAAUGAAAAAGAUGUCGGAAGUAGAAAACAUUCGAAAGGAAUGAAUUGUUCAGAAUCAGUUACCCCUUUCACUAUAAUUGAUCAUGGUCGAUUAAAAGAGCAGAGAAGUGAAGAACGGCGGUCUCGGGAACAGUUCCUGCAGAAAUGUAAUAGACUCCGCCUUCCUAAACAAUCUUACAAAAAUACAACUCAUUAUAAUUUGAACUUUCCAGAAAAAUGAUGUUUUAUGGUAACGUGAAAUAAAAAAAAACAAAUAAGAAAUUCACUGUUAUCGAAAGUUGUUUCAAGUAUUGGAUUUGAAGUCAUAACAUUUCUUACCAUGCAUUCAUUAUGCAUUAAAAAAUUAAUACUUUUGUAUGCCAAUGUGAAUAAUAUCAUAAACAAGCUGUAAAUUUUUAAUGUGGUUUAUAGAUAAUAAUGUUAUCAUUGGGAUAUUUGAGUUAUUACUAAAACA